AGUCCGAUACGCUCUCCGCUUCCCUUCCCCUCGCUGGAUUGUUCACAUCUUGUCCACCAGGAUGGCAAGCAGCGCAAAGUUGGAGAUGUCGCAGCCUCCCCGGGCUGCUGUUCCCGUGAAAAAGGUGCAUUAUCCGUUCUGGUUUGGUGGCUCUGCAUCAUGUUUUGCGGCCACUGUGACGCACCCUUUGGAUCUUGUGAAGGUUCGCUUGCAAACACGUGGGCCCGGAGCGCCAACCACCAUGCUGGGCACUUUUGGCCAUGUGAUUAAGAGUGAUGGAAUUUUGGGUAUAUAUAGAGGGCUUUCGGCCGCGCUCUUGCGACAGAUAACGUAUUCCACCACUCGCUUCGGUAUAUAUGAAGAGCUGAAAUCGCGCUUCACAUCGCCCGAUGCUCCCACCAGCACCCUCACCCUGGUCGGGAUGGCCUGUACAUCCGGCUUCCUUGGCGGUAUCGCAGGAAACCCGGCCGACGUUAUGAACGUGCGCAUGCAGUCCGACGCAGCUCUCCCCAUAGAGCAACGCCGUAACUACAGACAUGCCUUCCACGGACUGGUCCAGAUGACCCGCCACGAAGGUCCCGCAAGUCUGUUCCGUGGCGUUUGGCCCAACUCGACUCGUGCCGUGCUGAUGACCGCAUCGCAAUUGGCCUCAUACGACACCUUUAAGCGUCUCUGCAUCGACAGGUUCGGCAUGUCUGAUAACCUGGGCACUCAUUUCACUGCGUCCUUCAUGGCUGGUUUCGUCGCGACAACCGUCUGCAGCCCCGUGGACGUGAUUAAGACCCGUGUGAUGAGCGCUUCCCCGGCUGAGAGCCACGGCCACAACAUCGUGGGUCUCCUACGAGACAUCACCCGCAAGGAAGGCUUCGCCUGGGCCUUCCGCGGCUGGGUUCCUAGCUUCAUCCGCCUGGGUCCCCAUACCAUCGCUACAUUCAUCUUCCUGGAAGAGCACAAGAAGCUCUAUCGUCUGCUGAAGGGCGUCUCCGAAGAGAAGCACACAGCAUAGAUAGACCUUUUUUUCUUUCUUUCCUCCAUCUCUUUUUAUAUAUUCCUGAUUUGCUCGAUCUUGCGAUAAACUAGUUUUAUCCUUCUCUAAUUUUUCUGUAUAUGGUUUUUUGGCGAAAGCAUUGGGUGGCAAAAAAGUUCGUUUUAUCUGGUGUACAUACCUUUUCUGUGUGUGCUUCUUUUGUUUUUUUUUUUUUGUUUUUUUUUUU